GGUUGGUUUCCUCCUUCUCCAGGAAGAAAAAUGGCAUCCAUUGCUGUAGCACCACAGCCGAAUAUAGUGACCAGGGUGGCCAACCUCCCCUUGCUCAGCUCCACAUAUGACAUCGUUUCCUCGGCUUACAUCACUACAAAGGAUCAGCAUCCAUACCUGAUAGUGUGUGAGAUUGCAGAGAAGGGUGUGAAGACCAUCACCUCAGUGGUUGUGAUAAGUGCUCUGCCCAUCAUCCAGAAGCAAGAGCCACAGAUUGCAGUUGCCAAUACCUAUGCUUGUAGGGGGCUAGACAAAAUUGAGAAAAAAUGUCCUAUUCUGAAUCAACCAACGAAUGAGGUUGUUGCCAGUGCCAAAGGUGCUGUGACUGGGGCAAAAGAUGCUGUGACAACUACUGUGACCAGCACAAUCACGGGGGUGAUGGAUAAGACUAAAGGAGUGAUGACUGAUGGUGUAAAUAAGUCCAAGUCUGUGUUCAAUGAUGGCAUCAACUCAGUUUUGGGAAGUCGGAUGAUGCAGCUGGUGAACAAUGGAGUAGAAAAUGCCCUAGCCCAGUCAGAACUGCUGGUAGACCAAUACCUCCCUCUCACUGAGGAAAAAUUAGAAAGAAAGAAAAUGGAAGGAUUUGAUACUGUUCAGAAGCCAAAUUAUUAUAUUAGACUGGGAUCCCUGUCUUCCAAGCUCCGCUCACGUGCCUACCAGCAGGCCCUUGGCAGGGUUAAGAAAGCUAAGCAGAAAAGCCAAGAAACCAUUUCUCAGCUCCACUUCACUGUAAAGGUGAUUGAGUUUGCCAGGAAGAAUGCACACAGUGCCAACCAGAAGCUCCACGGUGCUCAGGAUAAGCUCUAUCUGUCAUGGUUAGGGUGGAAGAAAAGCAUUGGUUAUGAUGAGACAGAUGAAUCCCAUUGUGCUGAGCACAUCGAAUCAUGUACUCUUGCUAUUGCCCGGAACCUGACACUUCAGCUGCGGACUACAUGUCACAUGCUCCUAACCAACGUCCAGGGUUUGCCACAGAACAUCCAAGAUCAGGCCAACCACUUGGCCGUGAUGGCUGAUGACCCAAACUCAGAAAAACAUUGA